CCUUUUUUAAGGUAACCUCGCGUUCCACACGUCUCACAUCCCACAUCUCCGGUCAUCCGACGCCCUCUCCUUGCUCCAGACGCUUGUAAUCAUGGCGGCUGCUCCAGUCUCCUCCGCGAUGAAGGCGUCCCUCUCCACGAGCAAGGCGUCUCUCGCCUCGCCCCUGGUCUCCGGCCUCGCCACCGCCAGUAUCGCGCGCUUCGAUGGGCUCAAGUCGGCGUCCGCCUUCGCGGGCUCCAAGACCACCUCGCAGGCCGCUCAGCUGCGCGCCAAUUCCUCGGCGGUGCAGAGCGGCGAGGGCAAGGUGGGCGCGGUGCGGUGCGAGCAGACGGAGCCCGGGAUGAAGCUGGUGUUCGUGUCGGCCGAGGUGGCGCCUUGGAGCAAGACGGGCGGCCUGGGCGACGUGCUGGGCGGCCUCCCUCCCGCGCUCGCCGCCAGGGGCCACCGCGUGAUGACGGUGUCACCGCGCUACGACCAGUACAAGGACGCCUGGGACACUGACGUCAUCAUUGAUGUGAAGGUGGGCGACGCGGUGGAGAAGGUGCGGUUCUUCCACUGCUACAAGCGCGGCGUGGACCGCGUGUUCGUGGACCACCCGCUGUUCCUGGCGAAGGUGUACGGCAAGACGGGCAGCAAGGUGUACGGGCCGAAGACGGGCGUGGACUACGACGACAACGUGCUGCGCUUCUCGCUCUUCAACCAGGCGGCGCUCAUGGCGCCCAAGGUGCUGCGCCUGGACAACAACCCGUACUACUCGGGCGCGUACGGCGAGGACGUGGUGUUCGUGGCCAACGACUGGCACACGGGCGUGCUGCCGGCGUACCUGAAGCAGCUGCAGCAGGAGGGGCAGUUCCGGCAGGCCAAGGUGGCGUUCUGCACACACAACAUCGCGUACCAGGGCCGCUUCGCGCCGUCCGACUUCGACCGCCUCAACCUGCCCGACUCCUUCCGCCCCUCCUUCGCCUUCACCGACGGGUACGUUGCGGGUAGCGCUUCUGGACCGUCGGAUGAGAUGUGUUGUGGUGUAGCAGCUGAGCUUUAGAGCGAGGAUCCCAAGAAGCCAUUUUGCAAAACCGAAGGUUUUGGACUACGAGUGAAGUGAACGAGAGCUAAGGGACAGGAAAAUCGCCCCUCUACGCCUGGCGGAGAGAAAACACCACCAGCGAGAUGAGAUGCAGCUCGCUGGGCUUGAGCGAUGUCGCUCGCAGAUACUGUACAAGCGACGAAGUGAAAAUGUGACACGACCUGGCGGGCGUGUUCAAACGAUCGGUUACGAGCACCUCAGCCUAUUACGCGACAACAGAUGUGGCACGCAAAGCACAAGACAGUGGAACAACACCCAGUCACAAAACGAAGCCAUGUACUACAACACCCUCGGGAUUGGCUCCUCACUUUCCCUGGCAAAUUGGAUCAUUGCCGCGAAGCCCCACCUACAACCGCUCGCUACCCAGACAAACAAUGCACCAAACUAACAGUGCACCACCGUAACUAAUAAAGAAAUCAGCCUAAAACAAAUAAAAACAGAAUUUCACAACUUUAGGAUGUUUAUGUUAUAAUAUAUAUAUAUGAUAUUGUAGGCAUGAGUGACUGGCUGGGCGGCACUCUCCGAGUUCCCUGCCGUGAUGAAUCCUGUCGGGCUCACGGCGGAGACUUCCGCCCUAAAGGCACCUGUCGUCAGGCCAUGCCAACACACGGGUUCGUGCCAUGACAGAGCGAGAUGGGAGCGGGCGAUUUGGGGGAGCGAGGGGCUGACUGAGAUGAGAUGAGUGACGGCCCGUUGGCAGCUUCUAUCAGAAAGAAUGAUUGAACUAGAAUGUGUGAGUACAAGGGUAUAUAGA